AAGACGAGAAAUGGAAGACGCCGUCGCUGUACAUCCGUUUUUUUCCCGUCAACAGACGGAAUAUUCCUCCUCCGGAUUUCACUACUGCGGCGUUUACGAUGGCCAUGGCUGUUCCCAUGUAGCGAUGAGAUGCAGAGAAAGACUACACGAGCUAGUCCGUGAAGAGUUUGAAGCUGAUGCUGACUGGGAAAAGUCAAUGGCGCGUAGCUUCACGCGCAUGGACAUGGAGGUUGUUGCGUUGAACGCCGAUGGUGCGGCGAAAUGCCGUUGCGAGCUUCAGCGGCCGGACUGUGACGCGGUGGGAUCCACCGCGGUUGUGUCUGUUCUCACGCCGGAGAAAAUCAUCGUGGCAAAUUGCGGUGACUCACGCGCCGUUCUGUGCCGUAACGGGAAGGCCAUUGCUUUAUCCUCCGAUCAUAAGCCCGACCGUCCGGACGAGCUAGACCGGAUUCAAGCAGCGGGUGGUCGGGUUAUCUACUGGGAUGGCCCACGUGUCCUUGGAGUACUUGCAAUGUCACGAGCCAUUGGAGAUAAUUACUUGAAACCGUAUGUAAUCAGCAAACCGGAGGUAACCGUGACAGACCGGGCCAACGGAGACGAUUUCCUUAUUCUAGCAAGUGACGGUCUUUGGGACGUUGUUUCAAACGAAACUGCAUGUAGCGUCGUUCGAAUGUGUUUGAGAGGAAAAGUCAAUGGUCAACUAUCAUCCUCACAGGAAAUGGAAAUGAAAGGUGUCGGCGCCGGGAAUGUGGUGGUCGGAGGAGGAGAUUUUCCGGAUAAAGCGUGUGAGGAGGCUUCGCUGUUGCUGACGAGGCUUGCAUUGGCUAGACAAAGUUCGGACAACGUAAGUGUUGUGGUGGUUGAUCUUAGACGAGACACGUAGUUGUUUCUUGUCUCUCUCUCUCGUAAUGUUUGUUUUUUUGUCCUGAGUCAUCGACUUUUGGGCUUUCUCUUUUACCCUUUUUUGCUCUUCGGUGUAAGACAUCGAAGGGUUUUUAAUUUAGCUUGAUUUUGGGCUAUGUCACUGUAGUGAAUCGCGGUUUAGAUCUACAAAGAUUUUCACCGGUAGUGAAAAUGGUAAAAGCAGUGAACUUUUGUAACU